CGUACAUAUUUAUGAAUCGAUUCAAUACUGCAUCUACAACUUCCGACAAAGAUCCCUUCAAUAAUAACGAGAUUUAAUUCAAUAAAACAAAAGCUAGCGCCUACGCAUCGAAUCAAAGCUAGUGUCAAUCACGAUCACCUGUCAAACGGAGGUGGCCGGAAAGCUCCGGGAAAGCGCUCCAAUGCUACGAAGGCUCUAUCCUCUCCCACCAUUGGUCAGCCGCCCGCCAAUCAGAGCGUAGGGGCGUGGCGAUGCGCUCGCGCCGCCCGAGCUUACAAAACAAUUCAGUUCAAACGCAGCUGCCGUUUCGUUGAGACGUCUCUUUCGCUUCUCAAACGCGCGUGUAUUUGUAAUAACAAGACUGUUUUGGAACUUUUUGACCGGAUUUUAGUUAUGAUAUUGUGAAGUGACUGGACUGUGUUGUAUAUUCGCGAUGAUGAUGGAUCAGGCACACCUCGGAGAGUAUUUGCUGAGGCAGCAAAUGUUGCAUGCGUCGCUGAACGGCUUACAACACCGUCUUGGGGUGGAAGCGGAGCCGCCGGCGUGCAAGGCGCGCCUGCUCAACGGCGACCUCUGGAGGCGGUUCCACGACAUCGGCACCGAGAUGAUCAUCACCAAGGGCGGACGCCGCAUGUUUCCCUCCCUCCGCAUCUCCCUGGGCGGGCUGGACCCUCGCGAAGAAUACUGCGUUCUCCUCGAGCUCACCCUGGUCGGGCGUCGGCGCUGGCGCUGGGCGGGCGGCGCGUGGGCCGAGGCGGGCGGGGCGGAGCCCCAGUCUCCCAGGAGACUCAUGCUGCAUCCUGAUUCUCCUGCACCUGGACACCACUGGACCGCAAAUCCUGUCAGCUUUAGUAAGCUCAAGUUGACGAACAACACUAUGGAUGCGCAGGGACACAUGGUGCUGACGUCGAUGCACAAGUACCGCCCACGCGUGGUGGUGGUGCGCGCCCGGGACGCCGCAGCCCUGGCGUGGGGCGCGCCUCACGCCGCCUUCGCCUUCCCUGAGACCGAGUUCAUCGCUGUCACUGCUUAUCAGAACGACCGCAUAACUAAAUUGAAGAUUGACAACAAUCCGUUCGCAAAAGGCUUCAGGGCGUGCGGCCAGUCCAAAUGCAAACGAAAGAAUGUCGACACCGAAGGGACGGAGAAUACAGAGUCCACUGAGGCUAAGAGAGCAUGCUCCGACGCAGCGUCUUCAUGUUCGGAAGAAGGAAGCUUGCGCUCCGCUUCCCCUCGAUCGCCGCCUCUCGUGGAGUCUCCCGCUCCGCUAGUCGCUCCGCCUGAAAACAUCACGCCGCCUCCGCCUUUCUGCCCUCCAGAGCUGCCCUAUUUAGGACAUAUGCCCAUGCCUAUGCCCCUAGGUCUGUGGCCGGGACCCAUGGCAGGCUUCGGCUGGGCGCCCGCGCUUCCCCCUCCCCCACCCGCGGUGCCCUCACCCCCCGUGCCUGCGCCCGCGCCCUGCCGCAGAGUCAAAAGCUUUACAAUAAGCGCUCUAUUAGGCGAAGGGUGAUUCAUGUCACCAUUUGACUUGGUGAUAGUAUAAGCUCGACGGGCAUUAUUUGCAAUAGAUACUUAAAUUGUAGAUAUUGUUGAUAGAAAGUUUUACGUUUGAUUAACGUGAGUUCAGAGUUCAGAAUUACCUCGUAGGCUUAAUUGUGAAAUAUACUAUAUUUUGUUGUGAUAACAGUGCCUUGUAUAAAAUAUCUAAAUAUUUAUGGUUAGUUAUUUUAUUAUGAUUGCUCUUUAGUAAGUGAAAUGUAUCUGAAGAUAAAUAUCUCCUUAGAUUAGUGUUAGAGUUAUAAUAACUGGCCAACAUGAAAAAAAGCAACUCAUUUUACUGAAAUGAACCAGUGAAUUUAGUGAAAAUCUAAAUCUACACUGCUUAUGAAUCUAGAAAAUCAAAUCCUACUUAUAUUUAUAAUAUAGGAUCCUACAAAUUAGAAUAAUAUUUUCAUAUUGUGAAAAAGUCAAAAAGUGUAAUAAAGUAUAA